AAUGAGAAUUCUAGAACAUCAAGAAAAGGGCGGAAACGCCGUUUAAUUAAACGUCGUCAGGAACACAGAGUGGGUCCACUCCUAUAAAUUACUCCCACAUCACCACCUUCUGUUCUUCACAGUUACUCCUACCUUCGUCUUCUUCAGUCCAUUUGCAUUUUCUUCGCAUUUCAUUUGUUCUCUCUCUAAAAAAAAGUGCCCAAAGAGAGAAAAAAUUCUUUUAAUCUUUAAAGAAAUCUUCAAAAUAAUGGAGGAUAAUUACUAAAGUUUUUUGAUGAUCUUCUUUUGACUUAAUUUUCUUUUCGAAGGUUUUGGCUUCGAGCUUUAUCUUGCUAUCAUCUUUCUCUUUGGUCAAAGGACUUUGAUCAAUUAAGUGUAGAAUGUCUUUGGUGAGUGUUGCUCUUAGUCCGGCUCGAAAGGAUUCCUUGACCAUGCCAAGCUUUCUAUCUAGUCAGGAUGCCCAUUUGGCCAAUGAAUCAAUCCUUAUAUACCUGACUGUGGGUGGAUUGGUUGAUCCAAUCCGUGUGUUGGAGACUGAUUCAGUUGCUUCCGUGAAGCUUAAAAUUCAAAAUCACAAAGGAUUUUUUGUGAAGAAUCAGAAGCUGGUUUUUGAUGGAAGAGCCCUGGAUCGAAAUGAUUCCUGUGUUAGGGACUAUGGGGUGGCUGAUGGGAAUGUCCUGCAUUUGGUCCUUUGUCUUUCAAAUGUUCAAGCUAUUAUUGUUAGGACUGUGUGUGGGGAAGAGUUUGAAUUUCACAUUGAGAGGAGCAGAAACGUGAAGUACUUGAAGCGGCAGAUUGCUGAGAAAGGCAAUGGUCUUUUCGAUCUCAAUGAGCAACAGUUGGUUUGUGAUGGUGAGGAGCUUCAGGAUCAGCAUCAAAUACAGGAGUAUUGUAAGAACAAUGAUGCUGUGAUUCACUUGCUAGCCAAAAAAUCUGCCAAAGUGAGAGCUAAACCUUUUGAGAAGCACUUUGAAGUUCUGAUUGUGGCUUCUGAUCCACAUGAGCAAGGAACUGAUGAAAUCAUCAGAGAUGGGUGCAAAAGGGGGAUGCAACCUCUUCGUCCUCUGGACGAACUAAAAAAGCAGUUUUGUAGAGAUAUAAUUUUAAAACAUCUGACUAUUAAUCCUAAGAUUGAGCUUCCUUUAGUGAUUAGGCAGUUGAUUAAUUCUACUUUUCGUGGGUUGGAUAAGGGAAACCACCCAGUUAGGUCUUCCGAGGGAUGUGGAGGAGCAUAUUUCAUGCUUGAUCGAGAUGGUCAAGAAUACAUCUCGGUUUUUAAACCUAAUGAUGAAGAGCCAAUGGCUUUAAACAACCCUAAAGGUCUACCUGCGUCCAAGGAUGGUGAGGGAUUGAAAAAGGGCACUCAAGCGGGUGGAGGGGCUCUUCGUGAAGUUGCAGCAUAUAUUUUGGAUCAUCCUAGGACUGGUGCUCGUUCUCUUUACCAUUCUGAGGUUGGAUUUGCUGGCAUUCCACCUACAGCUAUGGUAGAGUGUUUACAUGAGGGCUUCUAUCAUCCUGAUGGAUAUGAGGGUUCUCCUAAGAAUGUGAAGAUAGGUUCGCUUCAGAUGUAUAUGAAGAAUUCUGGGAGUUGUGAGGACAUGGGUCCUAGUGCUUUUCCCAUUGAAGAGGUGCACAAGAUCUCUGUUCUGGAUAUCAGACUAGCUAACACAGACAGGCAUGCUGGAAACAUUCUGGUAUCCCAUGAUCAUGAAGGACAAAUCGUGCUCAUUCCGAUUGAUCAUGGGUAUUGUUUGCCUACGAAGUUUGAGGAUUGUACAUUUGACUGGCUCUACUGGCCUCAAGCACAUCAGCAAUACUCCCCUGAAACCAUGAAGUACAUAGAAUCCCUUGACGCUGAAGAAGAUAUCAAGUUGCUGAAACUUCAUGGAUGGGACAUGCCACCUGAGUGUGCUCGACUUUUCCGAGUUUCCACCAUGCUCUUAAAGAAAGGUGCGGCAAGGGGGCUGACUCCAUUUACCAUCGGAAGCAUCAUGUGCAGGGAAACUCUGAAAAAGGAAUCUGUGAUCGAACAGAUCAUGCAAGAAGCCGAGAAAGCUUUUCUUCCAGGUUGGAGUGAAACUGCAUUUCUCGAGACUGUCUCCUCAAUCAUGGAUUGCAGACUUGAUGAGCUCUCUUCAGAAGCCGUAAUAGUAGAUAUGUGAAAUGACUAGAUUUAGACAACCUUAGAUAUAUAAUUGUAUGUCGCAAAUGAAACAUAAUCUUGGCUCUCUAUCCUAUAUUUCGAUGGCUGCGGAGUCUAUGUAACUGUGUAGGUUGCUGGAACUUGCAAAACUACGACCUUCUUGUUCCUUGUUCGUACUGUUAGGACCUUGGUCUCCUAAGGAACUCCAUCCUUUCUGGCUUGAGAUUUUCUAGUGGUUUAGGGACAAUGUGGAAUGUUGUGAAAUGCAAGUAUCAGUGAAAUCAAUAAUGUUGUGGUUUAAUACAAUAUAUUUGCAAUUUGCAAAAUAGACAG